GAUCAAGUGUAGUAUCUGUUCUUAUCAGUUUAAUAUCUGAUACGUGGGCCAUCGGCCCACAUGAUAUUAAAUGAAUUUUUUAAGGGGGAAGGCCCAUCCGGGUAGCUUGCUACUCGGGCCUUAGCGCGUCGCCCUUGCGUUGCACUACUGCUUGGGCCUGGCGCACCCCACCAAUUAUAAGUUAAAUAUUUGCGCUGAUUUAUUCUCUUCCGCUUUUUUUCAAAGCUCUUUGUAAUAAGUAAAUAACGUGGAAGAUAUGCAUGCGCUUCGACAAAAAAGAAAAGAAAAGAAGGAUAAGAUAUGAGCGUUUUUUUCAAUUAACUAUAAUAGUUUUAUACUACGUGGAAAACUAUAAAUUGAAAGCUUGCCAGAUAAUCCUUUGAGCCAUUGAGAGGUGUGGCGUGGUUCAGGCCUCAGGGAGAUAAAAAUAUCUUUCAGAUGCCCAAAUUGAACUUAUCCGAUCCGACCCAUAGCACGUAUGGGCCCAUUUCCUGGUCAAACGUUUUUAUCUUCACAAUUGUUGUUUGCCAGUGUGAUAAGUCUUAAAUAUGCCACCUCGGAACUGGAAGGUGUUUAAAGUGUUAAGCAUGAUGCUGAUGACUGUGUGCUUGCGUUGAUCUCAUCUAUGGUGUUUGUAUUCAUUCCCUCAGUUUAAUUAUAAAAACACUAAUUUUGUUAUAUAAAUAUUAAAUAGUACUCCUACUAAAAACAAGGAGAUACUCAUACAAGGUUGUGUGUAUGUUAGCGAACGAAACCUCUUUAAAAAAGAAAAGUCCACAAAACACUGGACCCAAAAACAAACCAAAAAACUGAUACAGCACCGCGCUCAGUGUUUUGUUUUCCCGUGCUCUUGUAGAAGAUAACACAAACAAUGAGGACGCUUUCUGUUUACACCUCUUCUUUAACAUCAUUUCGGCUGAAUGUUCCAAGGAAUUUCGAGACAAGUUACGCCCCUGCUUCUUCGAUGUCAUCGACUUCAGUUGCGAGGCCUCAGUUUCAGCCUUCUAAGCAUCGAAAUUUCGGCACCACCAAGAGAACUUCCAACUUCAGUUGGAUGGCAACGGUAGGAGAGAAUGUUCAAUCCAGCCCGGUGCCCACAUCAGUCCCGGUUCGGGUCGCACAUGAACUUCUUCAGGCUGGACACCAAUAUUUGGAUGUCAGGACACCUGAAGAAUUUAGCGCUGGUCAUGCUGCUGGAGCUAUCAAUGUUCCUUACAUGUUUAGAGUGGGAUCAGGUCUUUUACUACCCGCAUUAGUCCAUUUCCUAAUAUCUUAUGUUUUCUUUCACGAUUUGGCCAUAGUUGAUCAGAUGAGGAUAUCAGUAUUUGGAUGGUUAAGACUUUAGACUGCAAGUUUUGAAGUAGCAUGGAACAUCAUUACUCUGCGCCUCUCCAGCUUUUGUUACUAAAUACUAGUGAAUUGAAUACCUUGACACUUGUUGCCCUGGUUUAUAGAAUCUCUACUUGAGGUUUAUUGUCUGUGAAAGCCUAUAAAGUAAACCAAAACAGUGACCUAGAAAAACUGAGGGGAUUGGCUAAGAGAAACUGAGUAAAAUUCUUCAAUUCAAGCACUACUGCAUCUCAUGAAUUAUUAUUACCUUUUUCUUGUGCACACCAAAUACAGGUAUGACCAAAAACCCGAACUUUGUGCAGCAAGUCUUGGCGGAAUUCAGGAAAGAUGAUGAGAUUAUUGUUGUAAGUGCCUAGUGAUUUCAACCUUAGUUUGUUUCUAGUCAUUCUUGUUUAUACCAAAUGUACCAUCUGGCCUUCUCUACAGGGCUGCCAGUUGGGAAAGAGGUCAUUAAUGGCUGCAACGGAGCUAAUAUCUUCUGUAAGUUUGUGAACACUACUGUCAACUUCCUUGUUUCAUCAUUACAUUGUUGGAAAAGAAGAAGAAAGCCUGCAGUAUGUUAAAUUCCAAAGUUUAAUAUUGAAUAAUUUGAGAAAUAUCCCUUGAAACUUCAUAUGUGUUAAAUGUGAUAUUUAUUGAGAUCAAUUGACUGAUGUAAGGAUGUAUUCUGCAGGGAUUUACUGGCAUCACUGAUAUAGCUGGUGGAUAUGCUGCUUGGGUGCAGAAUGAGCUUCCAACAGAGUCAUGAUCACUUCAAGAAGGCACAUAACAAAUAUGGCUUUUGGCUAUUUUAUUGUAACAGAAGCCAAGAGCUCAAAUAACAUAUGCAAUGUACAGAAAAUUACAGUCUUGGAGACAAUAUAACCUGAAUGAAAGUUGCACAGUGAAAUGCUGAAAUCAUGGCAUGUAGAUAUUAGUUUUAACUUCUUGCCUCACUUUAUUUGCAUGAUGGUUUCAGAUGGAGAGACUGAUUAAUUUUAGGGACAUAAAUUCUUCCAUAUUUUACUGCUCUGCAACAUGUUCUAAAAGACUUGCAGAUGUCAACGACUGUUGACUUCGAAAAUCCAAUGGCAUUAACCUAAUAAGCUGGAAAAGGUGGGUUCAAAUGACUCGGAUCAUCGGAUGGCAAUUGGCAACUCCUUAAAGUUUGCUUCCCUUGUAACCUAAGGUUGAUGGGGUCUUUUCUAGUAUUAGACUUGAGAGAGUUAAUGGUCUUUCUUAAUGCAAGUCCGAAACCUUUGUACUUAUCAAAGCACUUUAAAGCAGAGCUAAAAUCUAUGAUAAAUCAAUCGUAGUCCUUUUGUUCAAAUUGUGCCUUAUAAAUAAAUAAAAUAGAACCUGUAGUAAAUUGAAA